UGGGUCAUACUGUCAGUGAUGGAUCCUCUAAUUGUGCACCACAAGUUACUUCAAAAAGACAUAAAUACUAGUGAAAAUAAAAGGAUUAAUGGUGUAUUAUUUCCAACUGUGGUUUUUACACCUGCUUUCCUGACAGAAGAGUGGCAUAAUUUUGUGUUUACAGACGAAGAUGUCUUGCUACUGACCUACCCUAAAUCAGGAACAAACUGGAUGGUGGAGAUUCUUUCCCUGAUUCAUUCCAAAGGCGAUCCCAAGUGGAUUCAGUCUGUGCCAAUCUGGGACCGCUCACCCUGGAUAGAGACAGAGGAUGGAUAUGAUAUGUUAAAGGAUACGAAAGGUCCACGCAUGAUGUGUUCCCACCUUCCAAUCCAAUUCCUGCCCAAGUCACUCUUCAAUGCCAAAGUGAAGAUGAUUUAUGUCAUUAGAAAUCCCAGAGAUGUUAUUGUGUCUGGCCAUUUUUUCUGGAAAGGCUUAAAAUAUGUUCAAGAAGCAGAAUCAAUGGAACAAUAUUUUGAUUGGUUCCUCGAAGGAAAUGUGCCCUAUGGAUCGUGGUUUGACCAUAUGCAUGGCUGGAUACCCAUGAGGGAUCGGGAGAACUUCCUGCUGCUGAGCUAUGAAGAGCUGAAAAAGGACACAAGAAGAAGUGUGCAGAAGAUCUGCCAAUUUCUGGGCGUGGAAUUAGAACCAGAAGCCCUGGAUUCAGUCCUCGAGAACUCUUCCUUCCAGGCUAUGAAAGGAAAUAGGAUGUCCAAUUAUUCCCUUCUAGAUGGUAUUGGUAUUGAUCUAAAGACAUCAGCCAUGAUGAGAAAAGGAGUUUCUGGGGACUGGAAAAAUCACCUCACGGUGGCACAAGCAGAAAUCUUUGAUGAAAUAUACCAGGAGAAGAUGAAAAGUCUUCCUCCAGAGCUGUUUCCAUGGGACUGAUGUUCUAGAAUGUUCAGAAUCUCAUACAGAUAUUGACCAUCAUUCUGUCUUUGCACAAGUGCAUGCCAGGGGGCUGAUUGUUUAUGAUCAUUUAUUUAACCCUGGCAUUCUGACUCACAGGUCUUUGC